AUGCCUACCAACAUUGACGACGCCGCCGCAGGCGCAAAGCUUGACCCAUCUCUUGCUCAAGGCCCCGACUUUAGACACGAGGGCCCGGCUUCUGACCACGCCACGACCCUUCCUAUGGUGUACGAAGGACAACCGACUGAGCUUCCCCAUCGUGCUAAACAUGGAGGAAAAGAUGCCACUGGCUACUACGACACUGAGACCGGCGAAUUCCCAACUGAAGAAGAGUUGCAUUCGCUUCGUCGAGUACCUGGCCACGUUCCGUGGAAGGCAUUCGCUCUCGCCUUCGUAGAGUUGUGUGAACGAUUCUCGUACUAUGGAACUACGGUAGUUUUCACCAACUACAUCCAACAACCACUCCCGAAGGGCUCUCGCACUGGAGCCGGUCAUGAUGGCCAAUCCGGGGCCCUGAAUUUCGGCCAGCGAGCUUCAACUGGUAUUGGAACUUUCAAUCAGUUCUGGGUCUACGUUAUGCCCCUCUUCGGUGCAUGGGUUGCAGACGCGUAUCUUGGACGGUACAAAACGAUUUGCUGGGCACUUGCCAUUGCCAUCACCGGCCACAUCAUCCUGACUGUUUCUGCUAUACCGACUGUCAUCGUCCACUCGAGCAACUCUCUUGCUUGCUUUGUGAUUGGCUUGAUCAUUAUGGGCAUUGGCACGGGUGCCUUCAAGUCCAACAUCUCCCCCUUGAUUGCCGAGCAAUUGCCCCUAACCAAGAUGAUCACUCGCGACCUCCCGUCUGGCGAGCGCGUCAUUGUUGAUCCUACAGUCACGCAAUCCCGAGUUUACCACUACUUCUACCUGUUCAUCAACAUCGGCGCCCUGGUUGGCCAGAUUGGAAUGGUGUAUGCCGAGAAAUGGGUUGGCUUCUGGCUUGCCUUCCUCCUCCCCACCGUUCUGCUGUGUGCCUGCCCCCUCGUCGUCCUCUGGGGUCGCAACAGGUACAUCCGUACACCACCCGCCGGAUCCGUUCUCGGCAAAGCAAGCCACCUCUUCCUUCUUGGCAAUAAAGGCCGCUGGCACUUCAACCCCGUCACGACCUACAAGCACCUGCACGACGGCACAUUCUGGGAGAACGUUAAGCCCUCCAAAUUCGAUCCUGCAACUCGCCCACAGUGGAUGACCUUCGACGAUGCCUGGGUCGACGAAGUUCGCCGCGGCUUCAACGCUUGUUCUGUCUUCCUUUGGUUCCCCCUCUACUGGCUCACCUAUAACCAGCUGAACAACAACCUGGUCUCGCAAGCCGCCGUCAUGAAGCUCAAUGGGCUCCCCAACGACGUCCUCUCGAACCUCGACCCCUUCGCGCUCAUCAUCCUGAUCCCGAUUUGCGACCUCUUCCUCUGGCCCUGGCUCCGAAAGAUGAAGAUCCAAUUCACGCCAAUCAAGAAGAUCACUUGGGGCUUCUACACCGGCGCCAUGGCCAUGGUCUGGGCGGCCGUCAUCCAGGCUUACAUCUACAAAAAGUCAGAGUGCGGCCACAACGCCUCGGGCUACCUCGCCGACGGCGUGACGCCCUGCGCACCAGUUGACAUCAACGUUUGGGCCCAAACCGGCGCCUACGUCCUGAUCGCCAUCUCCGAGAUCCUCGCCUCCAUCACCGGUCUCGAGUACGCGUUCUCCAAGGCACCGAAGAACAUGCGAUCUCUCGUGAUGUCCAUGUUCCUCUUCCAGUCCGCCCUUUCCGCCGCCAUCGGCGAAGCCUUCGUCUCGUUGUCUGCGGAUCCGCUGUUGGUGUGGAACUAUGGCGUUAUGGGCGUCCUCUCAGCUAUCGGCGGCACGAUCUUCUGGUUCCAGUAUAGAGACCUAGACAAGGAGGAGGACCAUCUGAAUAUGUUGCCUGAUGGCCAUCUGGGCCGGGAGGUCGAUGAAGAGACGCCGACGAAGGUAUUGAGUGAAGAGAAGCAUUUGGAUCACGCUGAGGCGACGGCUCAUGCUGGUUAA